UUAACAUCCGUCGUCGUUAAAACAAAAAUGUAGAUGGGUAAUAUGCCGAUAACAGAGAUCAGCGUUAGAAAUUACAGUGACUUCCGAUAAAAUAAAUUACUAAAUUAUAAAUCGAAAUAUGAAUAUACUGAGAAACAAAUAACUUUUCUUACUGCUUGCUUAACAUCUUAAUUGGAAAAUGGUAUCUACAGGAAUCUCCGUAAGAAGAGGAAUUAUGUUUGUUCUAAUUUGUAUAGAUUUAUUGAAACAUUCGACAUCUUACACUGUGAACGACGCAAAUGAAAUUCACAAGUUCUUAUUCAAUCAGACUGAUAAUGGUUACAAUAAACUGGUCCUACCUAACUACCCUGUAAAUGUACAGGUAGAGUACACAUUAUUGGCUCUCAAUUCGUUGGACAUAAAGGAACAAGUAUUUGGGACAUCAGGAUGGUUUGCCGUGGAAUGGAUUGACCGCCGACUAUCAUGGACAAAUUCAUCCUUUGGAUAUAUUGACUAUAUAUAUGUACCCGAGGACCAAGUAUGGCACCCUAAAUUGAUUGUGCAGAAUUCUAUUGUGGAAUUACAGAAAAGUCUUGGUGCCGAACAAACAGUCCGAAUAAAAUAUGAUGGAGAAGUACUAUGGGAACCAUCAGCUGUUUUGUCCACGGCGUGUGACAUGAAUGUCAAGUACUUUCCAUAUGACAGUCAAAGUUGCACCAUAGAAUUAGCUAGUUGGGGUUUCCCUACAGACGCUGUCAACUUAGAGUUCCUCGAAACUGGAAUAAAUACAUCUAAAUACAACGAAGAUGGAGAAUGGGACCUAAUAUCAACCUACUCCAAAAAUAAAACUAUAAUUGAUGGGAAACUUAAGUUUUCAGAACUGUUGUUUGAAAUGGAGUUUAAACGAUAUUAUAGCCAUUACCUAAUGAGUGUUAUUUUCCCGACCAUUUUAACUGCCAUAUUAACAUUCGUCACAUUUUUUCUGCCGCUUGAAUCUGGAGACAAGAUUGGAUAUAUUCUGACAGUAUUACUUGCUUUGGCUGUUUUAUUGACGUUAUUUUCAGACAGUAUGCCUACAACAUCAAAACAUACAUCUGUCCUAGUGGUAUUUCUAACAGUAACAUUAGGAAUGGCCGCUCUUGUGGUUAUCUUUACGAUAUUUAUCAUAAGACUUUUCCAUCAACCAGAACACGAGAAGGCACCAAAAUGGAUGCAUUCAUUGGCGAGGAAAUUCUUGCAGUUAAAGUGCAGAUCCGGGAGAAUAAAUCAGCUUGAUCAUCUUUAUCAAAGUCAGAUUUCUGAAAAUGAUAAACCAAAAGAUGGAAGAGUCUGUUUGGAGAGUAGUGAGCCAUUUGCACCGUACAGCAACAAGGAGUUAGCAGAGUUUUUUGAUUAUUUCCUGUUUGGUGUUUUCACAGUUUUAUAUAUUUUGGUUCUUUUGUGUUUUCCAAUAGUUCUGAGUACCUCAACAUAAUGCAAACAUGACAUGAAUAUAAAUUACAUGUAUGUUUACAUUAUGUUAUUAUAUAAGGUUGCACUUUGUAAAUAAAGCUGUUUCUCAAGCCACACCUCUUUUUGGGGAGAUCUAGAAUAUUCAUAGAAAAUUAAUUUUGUUUACAUACUGGUUCCCAGUUAUGCUCUUUAUGAGACAUAACUUGGAAAUAUUACCAAUAAAUAUGCAUGUGCAUAUUGUUAACAUUUAAAUCUUUGGUAACUCUUCAUUCGAGGUAGGGGUAGUUAAGAAAAAUUGUGUUAGUUUAAAUCUGAAAUGUGCACGGCAUAUAAACAUUGAUAAUAUGCUGCACAGCCCUAUAGUUUGACCUUUGAAAAACAUUGUAGUGCAUAUGAACUUUCAAUUCUAGUAUAAAAAAAAAUUCAAAACUUCUUAGUAAAAGUGGUACAGUUUUAGCCGUAAAAGGAGUUCCUAUGGGAAAUUGCAUUGUCAAUAUUUACAGAAAUGCAAUCUAUAAUUCGUAUCGUAAAACAAUUUCCUGUUUUUGACAUGUAUAAUUCAAGAUAAUAAUUAUCAAUUAUUGCAUUUCAUACCAUUGGACAAAUCAAUUUUACUCAUGUUGUUUCCUUGACUGGAAUCUGUUUCACUAACUGUCGUUUGUUGAUGUAGUUCACAAGCGUUUUUCUUUUCUCCUUUUUUAUAUAGAUUAGACCAUUUGUUUUGCUAUUUCAAUUGUUUUACACUUCUAAUUUUGGGACCCUUUAAUAGCUUGCUGUUUGGUGUGAGACAAGGGUCCAUAUCCAUAAGUCGAAAUUUGACCUUUGAUAAUUACAUUAAUUUUACACAUUGUUACUUGGAUGGAGAGUUUUCUCUUUUGGCACUCAUACCCCAUUUAAUUGAUCUUAUUCACAACAAAAAAAUCAUUUUCGUGGUAGUCUAAGGCAUGAAGAGUCUUCGUUGCGCUUUUGUCUCUUUACUUUUGUCAGCUAUCCUUUAGGAUAUUUGAUGUUGGCAACAAUUAUCCAACAUGUCGAAUACUCAUGUGUAGGUAUUUAUCGCUCCAUUAGUUUUAACAGUAUCAUUAACGUAUAUCAAAAUGAUCCAAAUUGUUUUGGUUUUUUACUUUUAAAAAUUGCUGUUUGUAUACUAGUAGAUGUAUUUGUUGUCAACAAUGAGUUCAGCGCCGUUGCUAUGAUGUAGAAAAGCAAUUUCUAUAAAGUACAUUGUACUUGAUAAUGUUUUGAAACAUUUAUAUAAUGAGCCUGUAACUUAAUGGUUUGCGAUGAUUCGUGUUUGUGAAACUUAAUAUACUUGAUAUUGUUAAUUAUCUUACCUCUUGUAGAUUUAUAGAGAAAUAAUUGGUUAAAGGACUCAAUGUGGUGACUAUGCAUAUUUGAUAUAGAGUGUUCUAAAAAAUAUAGGGGUAGCAACCAUACAUGGGUAGUUACCAUAUCAAAGGAUUCAACAGACGAAGUAAUUAGUACAUGUAAUGAACGAUUGAAAUUAAUUCAUAAAAAAAAUUUAAAGCUAAAAAGUUGCUAUUAUUGGCAUUUGUUUUUCUGUAUAGACAAAUGGAAGUAGGACCCUAAUACUAAAUUUUGAAGACUUGACAGGCCGCUGGUAAAAUAUCACAUGUGAAGACAGUCGGUAAGUGCUUCGCGCUCACCCCAUAUGAAGUUUACUGACCUUAUAUAUCGUGUUUGGUCACUAACACACCAUCUUACUAAUAAUAUAAGGACAUUUAUUUUCUCAUAUUAGCUCAUUUAUAUAUAUGUGAUAUUUGGUUUCGAUCAUUAUUGAUUACUGUAGGAAGACCUAUAAUAAUGGCUUACAUCCCAAUCAUUUAAAUAUCUCAUUUGGAAUCAUCUCAUCCCUGAAAUUAUAUUACUUAAAAAUUAAACAUAUUCAUUAACGCCCAGCCCUUCUUAUAUAAGAAUCUAUAUAUUAGACGAUAUAAGGCAUGUAUACAUUGUAAACAUUUUGGAAUUUUCUUGUGUAAACGUUUAUUGUUCCAACAAUUACCGCAGCCAUCCAUACUCACAUUUGUUUGAUGUCAGUACCUUUAUGACAAUGUGUUAUUUAUUGUGUUUUACGUACUUUUAACAAGAUUGAUAUUAAACUCUUUUUAAUUUGUUCUAAAUUUCAGUGUAGAUAUUAUGUUAAGAUUUGCUACA